CCCCCGCCGCCAUGAUGUCUCAGACUCUCAGAGCUUCGCGCUCCCUGCUCGCCCGCGUCUCUCGGCAACAGGUUUCUUCUGUUACCCGCCGCUCCUUCCUGACCUCCGCUGUCCGUCAGGCCGACCCCGUUCAGGAGCUCUACCUGCGCCAACUCCAGGCCUACAAGCCCACCCCCAUCAAGCCCGGCGAUGCUGAGGCCCACGCCUACGAGAGCCAGGAUGUUGAGGUCGAGGGCCAGGCCGCCGCCGGUGAAACCGCUCCCGUUGAAGAGAGCUGGUUCGAGGAGGAGCCUGAGGAGGAGACCGCUCACCACUAG